AAACCCUAGCCUACAUCUUAUCCUCCGUCAAAGAACAAACCCAAAAAUGCCGCCUAAGUUCGACCCAACCCAAGUCGUGGAUGUCUUCGUCCGCGUCACUGGUGGCGAAGUCGGAGCAGCGAGUUCUCUUGCUCCAAAAAUUGGUCCACUGGGUCUCUCUCCCAAAAAGAUUGGUGAAGACAUCGCCAAAGAAACCGCCAAGGACUGGAAGGGUCUCCGCGUAACUGUCAAACUCACCGUCCAGAACCGUCAGGCUAAAGUCACGGUGGUCCCGUCGGCGGCGGCUCUUGUAAUCAAGGCAUUGAAGGAGCCGGAGAGGGAUAGGAAGAAGACCAAGAAUAUCAAGCAUAACGGGAACAUCAGUCUCGAUGAUGUCAUCGAAAUUGCUAAGGUAAUGAGACCGAGGUCGAUGGCUAAGGAUUUGAGAGGGACAGUGAAGGAGAUACUUGGAACGUGUGUUUCUGUUGGGUGUACGGUUGAUGGGAAAGACCCUAAGGAUUUACAGCAGGAGAUUGAUGAUGGAGAUGUUGAUGUUCCGUUGGAGUGAAAAAGUUUGUCCUUUUCGUUCUUACGAUUAUCAUCGUGUUUGUCGUUUUAAAAAUGUUAUAUUUUAAGAUUUUGAACAACUUGCGAAUAUUUAGUUCAGAGGUUGUUUUGAAGUUUUAUUUAGAAUUUCAAGUAUUAUGAAUUCUUUAUUUAUUUAUUUUUAUUUAUGUUCCUUUAGCUUAUAUUGUCUACUUUAAAUGCUAGUCUUGUGCUUGGUAAGUACGAAGUGAAUGGAAAAUCCGUGUUUUGAUAGUGCC